AUGUCCUGGUUCUCCGUUCACCAGAAGGGAGCAGACCUGAUAUCUAGGCCCCAGGAUGGUGAGGUCUGCCUGGGCAUCGAUGGUGCGUGAGUCCCCUGGUCUUCCACUUGGAGCCUUCUGACCCAAUACUGGGAGACUCACUGGUAUUGUUAGGAUAACCAGCGUAUGUAGUGAAAGAUGACCUUAGUAUGUGUCCCAAAUGGCUCCCUAUAUAGUGCACUACUUAUGAUCAGGGCUCCAUAGGCUCUGGUCAAAAGGAGUGCACUAAAUGGGGAGUAGGGUGCCAUUUGGGCGAGAAUCCUUUUCCUGAUGUAAUUACUAAACAAUUGGUGUAUUUUUAGUUUGUGUUUUGUAUCUGUUUAAAAGGAGUGUGUGUAAUAUUGCUUGUGUGUGUGUGUUAUCUACUGCAACCGAUACCCUAUGCUCAUUCCUGGAUGUCGGUCAAUGUUCCUCCUCGCCACCAGUAGAACACACUACCACCAUGCACGUAGACAAGCCCCCAUUUUGUUUCUGCCACUGCAGCCAUGCUACCAACCAUUUUAAUUAUUGAAUAACUAACGUAUGAACCAACUCAAGGCUUCAUGGUCAUUUCUCAGGGCUCCCCAAAUAGCUUUUGACUUUUUAAAUACAUGUUGCUUAAUUCAAACAAUAUAUUUUGAGUUAGAAAUGUACAUAACUCCUGCAUCCAAUCAUUAAGGAUCAAUACCACUAACGCAUCAUUAACCAUUGAUGAAAAUGUAUAUACAUUUUUUUUAUUUACCUUUAGAUUGGCAUACCAAUGUAAACUUUUUGUAUUUUUACCCAAUUAUACUACUAACCCAGCGUUUCCCAAACUCUGUCCUCGGGACUCCAAGGGGUAUAUAGCUGAUUCAAAUUAUCAAAGCUGGAUGAUUAUUUAUUUUUAAUUCAGCUGUGUAGUGCUAGGGAAAAAACCAAAACGUGCACCCCAUUGGGGUCCCGAGGACCAAGUUCGGGAAACCCUGUACUAACCAGUAAUGCUAAAAUAUGUUCAGGUUUGGGGCAUUGCUUGUCUUUUGAGGGCUGAACUAACUUGAUGUUAGAUGAGCACUAUACUGGAUAAGAGCUGUACUAAAUACCACCCUAUUCCCUUUGUAGCAUACAACCUUUGACCGGAGCCCAAUGGUCACCCUAUGGACUCUGGUCAAGGGUAGUGCACUACAUAAGGAAUAGGGUGUCAUUUGGGACACACAUGCCUUGUCUAAGCCUUUUCCUGAUGCGUUUAAUUACAGAACUAACCAAAAAGGCCAUUUUUGAGUCAAUUGACUGAUGCGAAAGUAUGUCUGAGUACAGACGUGUCCCGAUUUGGAAGAAUAUACUGUAUUGUCGCCUACAGUAAUGGGUAUUUUAAAUAUAAGACAUUCUAAAGGACUGUACUAGAAGCUUACAGACGGGCUGGGGACCAGUCUGGUGACGGGGCUGGGGACCAGUCUGGUGACGGGGCUGGGGACCAGUCUGGUGACGGGGCUGGGGACCAGUCUGGUGACUGGGCUGGGGACCAGUCUGGUGACGGGGCUGGGGACCAGUCUGGUGACGGGGCUGGCUACCAGUCUGGUGACGGGGCUGGGGACCAGUCUGGUGACGGGGCUGGGGACCAGUCUGGUGACGGGGCUGGGGACCAGUCUGGUGACGGGGCUGGGGACCAGUCUGGUGACGGGGCUGGGGACCAGUCUGGUGACGGGGCUGGGGACCAGUCUGGUGACGGGGCUGGGGACCAGUCUGGUGACGGGGCUGGGGACCAGUCUGGUGACGGGGCUGGGGACCAGUCUGGUGACGGGGCUGGGGACCAGUCUGGUGACGGGGCUGGGGACCAGUCUGGUGACGGGGCUGGGGACCAGUCUGGUGACGGGGCUGGUGACGGGGCUGGCGACCAGUCUGGUGACGGGGCUGGCGACCAGUCUGGUGACGGGGCUGGCGACCAGUCUGGUGACGGGGCUGGCGACCAGUCUGGUGACGGGGCUGGCGACCAGUCUGGUGACGGGGCUGGGGACCAGUCUGGUGACGGGGCUGGUGACGGGGCUGGGGACCAGUCUGGUGACGGGGCUGGUGACGGGGCUGGUGACGGGGCUGGCGACCAGUCUGGUGACGGGGCUGGCGACCAGUCUGGUGACGGGGCUGGGGACCAGUCUGGUGACGGGGCUGGGGACCAGUCUGGUGACGGGGCUGGGGACCAGUCUGGUGACGGGGCUGGCGACCAGUCUGGUUGUCAUGACAAUGAGUGACGAGCGUGACAUGAGCGCACAAACAGAUCUGGGACCAGGUUAG